ACGUCAUUUACAGGUCACGUGAUUUGUUUUAAAAUGGAUGACUCGCUGGAGGCUUUACUGGAGAAAGCCACUAAUCCUAAGAACAGAUAUGAAGACUGGGAAUUCAUUAUGGCUUUCUGUGACAAAGUCAAUGCAGAAAUGGAAGGGCCACAGGUUGCACUCAAGAUAAUAGUCCCCAAGAUACAAGACAAGAAUGAAAAGGUUGCUCUACUCGCACUGGCUCUAUUGGAGGCUUGUGUGAAGAAUUGUGGUCGCAAGUUCCACCAGGAAUUGGGAAAGUUUCGGUUUCUUAAUGAGCUUAUACGCAUGAUCUCACCAAAGUAUCUAGGUAAAGAUAUACCUGAAAAGGUUCAGGAAAAGGUAAAGGCAAUGUUGUAUAGUUGGAAGAUUGGUCUGCCUAGUGAGACAAAGAUAGCAGAGGCUUAUGAAAUGCUUAAGAAGCAAGGUUUAGUUUUUGAUGAAAGUGCCGCUCGUGAUAAAACACUAGAAGAAGCAGCUACUAAACCGAAAAUCGCUUUGCAAGAAGACCCUAGGCAAUCUCAGAUGUUAGGUAAAUUGAUAAAAAGUCAGAAUCCAGAAGACCUUCGUGCUGCCAACAGAUUAAUAAGGGACAUGGUUCGGAGGGACGAGAAGAGGAUGGAAAAACUCAAGAAGCGUCUCGAUGAUCUUGAGUUGAUUAACAACAACGUCAAACUCCUCAAUGAGAUGCUCUCACAUUUUAAACCGGAUGCACCUGAACAUGAGAAACAAAUUAUUGAAGAAUUACAUUCAUCAGUGGAGAAGAUGCGUCCACAGUUGUUCCGAAUGGCGAGCGAGCUCCAACCAAACGAAGAAGGCAUGACAGAGAUACUGAAGGCAAACGAUUCCCUUAUUCGAGUGCUUGACUCGUACGAAAAGAAAAUGGGAAAGAAAAAAGAAGGAGGAGGAGAGGGAGAGGCAAAAGGAGCAGCAACCGGAGGAGGAGGAGAAUUACCAAGUACUUUUGGUGACCCUGUUCCAUCUACAAGCGCCACAGGAGGGGGAGACAGCAGUAUUCUCUUGGAUUUAGCUGAUUUGAAUUUUGGUAAUCCCCCAACUCCCCCUGCCCCUGUUCGUAGUCAAGGUAACGAGGUCAACCUGUUGGAUGAUGUUAGUUUGGCACUUCCUAGUCUUAAUGCAGCACCAUUACCUAGUUUAGAUUUCAUGACACAGGAUCAGCCUCCGUUAGGCGGAAUGGGAGGUGUUAGUAAAACCGGGCAAACAGGUUCUGUUCCUGCUCCAGCAACCAGUCAAACGACCGGCUUUGACCUAUUGGGUGAUUUUAAUUUACUCUCUGGUCCUAUGGUACCACCUCCUUCAACUGGAGCUCUGCCCAUUUCUUCUGGAGCUCCACCCACCUCUGGAGUAUUUAAUGGAUUACUUGAUGGGAAUUCAGCUAAACCUUUUGGAGCUCCGCCCACCUCCGGAGGAAUGUUUAAUGGACUGAUUAAUAGUACACCGUCUCAGUCUGCUGUAGCUCCACCUUUUGGUGGUCCUAUGAUUGGUACCACACCUACUUCCGUUCCUAUGAUUAGUACCACGCCUACUUCUGUUUCUAUGAUUGGUGCCACACCUACUUCCGUUCCUCUUUCAACUAAUCCUCUACCUCCUACAAGUAUUUCAUUGGCCACACCUCCUAUGAGUGUGUCAAUGACCACACCCCCUGGUCCUCUAUUAGGUGCUGAUCCUCUUAGUGCUCUUGAUAAGGUCUUUGUUCCAAUUGACACCAUAAAGCCAGCUAGUUCUAAACCUCCCCUUCAAGUCUUAAGUAAAGGAGGAGUCAAUGUUUCAUUACUUUUUACUGAAAAUGCACCUGCUCCUGAUAUCAUGGUAAUGGUAAUGUCAACAAUUAGCACAAAUCCUUUUCCAAUUUCAAAUUAUUUGAUACAAGCAGCUGCUCCUAAGGUUAUGAAAGUGAAGCUCCAGCCACCAACCGGCUCUGAUUUGAUGGCGUAUAAUCCACUGAGUCCACCUGCUAGUGUUUCUCAGAUUAUGCUUCUUGCUAAUCCUACCAAGGCUCCUGUUAGGUUACGUUUCAGAAUAAGUUAUACUCCACAAAACGGAGCAGAAGUAGUUGAAAUCGCUGAAGUGUCUUUUUCUUCGGCAUAGCUGACUUGUUGCAUACUCCUUCAGUCCUCCCUACUCUCUCUCUCUCUUUGAUCCUCUCUCUUUCUCUCUUGGUGCUGUCUUGCUGUCUGCUGUGAAACUUUUUGUAUCAUGUAAAUACUGUAAUAAGUUUUAAUGAUUAUUAUUAUUAUUAUCAUUAUAAUUAUUGUAUUGUUUUUGUAGCCCAUUUCUUCUUUAUUGACUUAUUGUUUGAACAUUAAACUAUAAUCAGUACCUAGUUGAAAGGUACUGUACCUCUAA